AUGAUGCAACAACCCAUUGCCACAAGAGCAGAAGGAAUGACCACCACCAUCACCACCCAUCACCCUCAUCACGCAAACCCCGCAUUUGACAAUCGACGAUCCCGAUGCAUAUCCGUACCUAAUGCGGGUUGGAAAGUUUCAAUGAGAACAAGCACCAAUGAUCCAUUAUCUAUGCCAUCAUCAUCAUCAUCAUCUUCUUCUUCAAGUCAACCAGCAGCGGCAACCGUAAAUAGCCCAUCCUAUGGAUCAUACCCACCUUUUUAUCAUGACAAUGGCCCAAAAGUCUCAUCCAAUGAUGCUUUCCAAAUGAGGAAGAAUCACGGGCGGAUGAUGCAACAUCAUCAUCAACGACGACCCGCUUCAUUUGUUGGCGGGUUCGUUGUCCCUCCGCCGUUACUCCAUUCACAUGCUCCAUUGGUGCCACAACGACCACCACAACAACAGCCUUCAUCAUCAUCAUCAUCAACACAACUUUAUCAAAGUUCAAUGACACUACCUUCUAAUGGCCCCACUACUACUACAAGUCAUCAUCAUCAUCCUCGUUCACGGGCUAUUCCUUCUACUACAUCAUCCAACAAGCGCUCUCUGGAUAGUACAAAAAAGCAACAACAACAACAACAGCCACGAAGAAUCAGGGUACAAUCAGUCAACGAGAUGCAUCGAGUAUGGAUCGACGUAGCACCUAAUGAAACCGGAUACACGCUCGCUGACAAGAUACACACCAUUGCUACCUUUCGUACCAUGAAAAUUGUAUCCAUAACGAGUGCCCAUGGACGUCCUAUUCCACUCACCAAACAACACGUAUUUACAAGCUGGGAUGACCUUCAAGGCUUUGAAGAUGGUGAAGAAUGGAAAGUAGAAUGGGUGCCUUUGGAACGAAGAAAUCUUGUAGAUCGUAUCAUGUCACGUGUUGUUCAAUCAUAA